AAGCCAAAAUGCAGGCGAGCGAAUCCGCAGCCUGGCCAGCGCUCCUCGUAUACUGCAGAUGAGCACUGCUAAAUCUUUUUAAACUUAGUCAAACUUUAGCCUCCAACCAAAUACUAGCCAAAUAGUUGAGGCAGAGCCAAAUUUUAACUUAGCCUCGACCACCACACCGCAGUGGAUUUUCAUUUGCCACUUGAUGCGCUCGCUCCGUCGCCGCCGAACCCCGGAACCCGCCGCCAGCCCCCUUCCGCCGAAGAACGGCAGCUGCCAGCUUCCUUCCACCGAAGAAGAAGAAGAACGGCAGGCAGCCGGUCGCACUCCCCCCGCCGACGCGUCGAUUGCCACGGAGUGGCUUAGGAUUCGUUGGUGAUUGUUAAUAGGCCAUGAUGGGCCCGGAUCCAGAUAGGAGCGGAGGCGCACCGGACAUCUACAAUCUCUUCUGCCACUACAACACCCUCUACUUCUGUGGCUCCCUCGACGCGUGCGCUGUCUCCUGGGCCGAGGACCCACUCCCUAAUCGUGAUGUAUGCACGUGCGAUUAUUAUCCUGAAGGAGGUGGCUGUAUGAUACUUCUUGCCAAGUCCUUGUACGAAUGUCAUAAUGACUCUGAUCUGAAGAAUGUUUUGCUUCAUGAGAUGAUUCACGCCUAUAUUUGCAUCAAAGACAAUAACAAUAACCAUAGUGACCAUGGUGCAAAAUUCCAGAAACUGAUGAAUACAAUCAAUUUGAGUUCUGUAGCUGAUCCCCAUCGUCCAGUUGGUGGCUAUUGCAUAACCGUGCUUCAUGAGAUCAGAAAGAAAUAUUAUCACUACAAAUGUGAAAGAUGUGGAGAUUUGGUCAAGUCAGUCAAGAUCAGGGGACCUUCUCAUGAUGACUGCAUUGAGAGAAUUGGUGCCAAUGACCACGUUCCAGCCUGCAUUAUGCCAGCAGGUCCCACCCCCUCUUGUCAAAAUUCAAAGUGUCACUGGCAUAGACACAAGAAGUGGUGCUCAGGUAGCUAUUGUAGUGUUCAAGAAUCAUCACUUGGAAGUCUGAAACUAAAACCUUCAAAAGCUGAAGAAGCUCUCGAUGGGGGCAAGGCUGAAGAACCUGCCUGCAAAAGUUGGCACCCCACACCUACAUCCAAUAAGAACGGAUUAAGCAAUAAAAAUGAACGGGAAGGUGCCUCUUCUGAGUUCCUUGAUCGUAUUGAUAGUCCAGUUGGCUGUUCAGGACUGGAUUCCUCUUCGAGAGACAGGUCAAAGAAGCUCAAAUUGUCGAAAGAUGUCAGUUUUGACCUUCAGACUGCAGAAACUGUUCAGGAAGCACCAAAACGUCCAAGAACAGCUGCAGUACAGUACCAAGAGCGCAGCAGACGUCAGAAAAGGAAACUAAGAAAUUGGGAUGGAUCCUACUCGGUAAUAAUUGAAUGGUUGAAUUACUACUGUGUUAGUGAGUCAGAUGAAGAUGAGGUACCUUUGAUCAAUAAAAGAACAGAAAGAAGAAAACGGCAAAAGUGGCAUGAAAUAUCUCUGGUCAGGGAAUCCAGCAAUGGUGUUGAGUGUGCCAGCUCAACUUCUCAUACGGUAAAUGGAACAAAAGAUGGUUGUGUUAGUUCUUGCUCACUAGACCCAGGGGACAAUAGCGAAUUAGUAAUUGUGUCAGGUUCUCAACCUGAAGAAAGGUUGUUGCCAAAUCAUGCUGUGGGUACUCGUGGAGUUUCUGGAAAUCAAGCUGGCCAUGAAGCCGUGUCUUGUCCAUUGGACUUGGAUUCUCCAAUUAGAGGUGAAGUUGUCGACAUUUCAGAUGGUUGAGUGCAAGAGUUUUGUUAGUUUUAACCGAAGCCACCUUGGUUUCUUUUGUGCACCUUGCAGUUGCUAGACAUGCGUUGACCGCUAAGCCAUCCUGCGAAGCAUGCGUCUUAAUCUCUUUGUAUAUACGUUUUGUUUGUUCCUUCUGCAUUUCAUUUCACCACUUAUUUUCUUGUUUUUGUUCGUUUCGCUCAGCUCCCUAGUCUUUGCAAAUGAUGUGGCUUUGGUGAUAUUUUUGUAUGAUGCAAGCCAUGAACCACUCUGUUUUGUCAAUGUUCUGAAUCUUUCGUUUUGGAGACUGUUA